CGGAGAAUCGUGGAUGCGAAGCCCCAAGUGGUGAGACCGAGAAUGAGCCGUUGGAGAGAGAAAGACUGAAUGAAAGCGGAGUGUCGGAUUUGUUUUCUCUUUUUUAUCACUUGUUAGUUAGCUAAAUCAACAACGCGGAGAUGGGUUUUUAUGUAGGUAAAGGGCUUUUUCCUGUUUUUUGGACUUACUAUGGAAUAUCCCGGAGUUAAAGAAGUAAAUCUGAAGGAAUUCCCCUGAAAGCGACUCAUUCAUGGAGUAAAACGGGCUGGAAGAAGAAGGGAGACGUUUGGGGAUCAUGAGUACAGGUAUGAAGAAGCCACCGGUUGCUCCCAAACCCAGGCUGCUUCCUCCUCAGAAGUCAGCUCCUCCUCCAAUCGCACCUAAACCUGAAAUUUCACCCCCUACUCCAUCUCCUUCUGUCGGAAAACGAGGAAAACCUGCUGUAGCCCCUAAACCAUGUUUACCCAAGAUAAGCCCUAAAGCACAACAGAAACCUCCACCAUGCCUCUCUCAAAGCCCAGGCCUGGCCAGACAAAACAAAACCCAGAGCCUCACUCUCUCGAAAAAUGGGGGUCCAUCCAUACCGUCUUUACGGCUCUCGCGUUAUAUCAUACCACCCUGUUCUGAAGAUCACCGCAUAAGAAAUGGCAAAUCAAGGUGUUCUGAAGACAGAAAUGAACCAGAAGACAAACAUAUGCUAAAAGAUGAAGAAAGCUCACCGGAGAAAGUAAUCUGCCACAUCACAAAGGAAGUACAAACACACUCUCCUUCAGAUGUACCUGAAGAAAAACACACACCAGUGCAAGUGCACACUAUCUCCACAGCUUGGGUUCAGAAUCAAGACCAACCUGUUGAGCAGAGUCAGUCUGUGGCUUCACACAUGCAGAGCUCCAACAAUAACAGUGUGCACGCAGAUAUUAGUGUCCCAGCAGCACCUAGUAAGCCCCUUCCUGUACCCCAGCCACGGCGACCUCCUAGAACCCUUCUCCUUCGUCAGAACGUGGUGGAGGAUUCUCCGCCAGAGACUCCAACGCAAAGUCCUGAAGACGCAUCUUCGCCAGAAGUGCCUGAAAACAUCUUGGCAUCUUCCAGUACCCUUUCAGACACUACUCUAGACUCAUCGCACAACAAGGAGAACAUUGAAAAUGAGGAAAACCCCUCCCAAUGCAUAAACUUUACAGACUCCACCCACAGCUUAGGCUCCACCCACAGCACAGACUCCAGUCAUAGAAGCAACGGAAACAGUGUUCUACACCAAGAACCCAUUUACCCUUCUGAUCCCCUUAUUACAGAGCCCCUUUUCUGUAAAGUUUCUGUAUCUGCAGCAGCAGUGGAGGAAAGGGAAGAGGAAGAGGAGGAGCUACAACCACCAGCCCCGCCCCCUCGCCAAAAGUCCCUCCAUCAAAAAGGUAAUUUCACUUCAUGCUCACUGGACAAUCUUACUCUGUCUGAUCAUGCUGACCCUUGCAACACUGAUGAUGUUAAGAUCAGUAAUGAUCAGGAGGUUGAUGAUGAUGGUAACGAUAAUGAUGAAGAAGAAGAAGGUGCUUACGGCAAUUUUGCCCGGUAUUCACUCACAAGGAGUUUACCCAAACAAAUCAGACUCGGUUGUGGACCUCGAGUCACGACGAUAACCAAGGCAGCAUCUGCGGAGGAACAGUCCCCAAAGGUCGUUCCGAAAAAGCCCCAGAGGCACAGCCUACCUGCAUCAGCAGUGUUGAGGAAACAAAACACACCUCCUCAAACACAAACACCAGCGCCUACACCGGCCCCACCACCUGAACCUGCUCCAGCCAUCUUUGGAGAAUUACCUGCACCUCCCACCGAGAAAUCAUCACUGUGGCGCAUCACCUUUCCAGGAAUACCUCUUUUUAUCAAGCAGCAGCCAAAUCGCAGCAGCAGCCAGCCACAAGCCAGUGGGACAAGGCCUUUCCUGGUCAAGCAGCGAGCAAAGUCCUUCUCUUCUGCAGAUCUCCUGCGAGUGGGCUCCCCAGCAAGUUCUGAAGCAGCCGAGCAACUGGUGCGUUCGGAGCAAAAGCGCCGCAGUCUUAGGAAGCUUCUGGAGUUGCGGACUUGUGUGAAGCUGCUUCCGAAGCUGCUGAGGAGCGGUCAGUCUCUGGACUGCACCAGCACCAGCAUCGAGUCGGACGAUUGCACGAACACUUCAGCCAUCAGCAGCAAGGUUACCUCAGCUGAUGACGAGGGUUCACUGGACGAUGGUGAUGGUGACUGUGGAGUAGAGUACGAGAACGUUCCACUCUAUGAGGAGAUCCCGGAAUAUAUGAACCUGCCCUGGGUCUACUCCCACCAGAAUGAAGACACUGGCGUCUAUGAAGUGCAGGAACCAUAUGAAUCACACAGGUCUCAGAUGGGCGGCGACCUGUCCGAGGAAGAGCAGGGCCUGAGCUCGAAUGAGGAGGAUGAUAACAGCUCCACCUCCAGCAAGGACGAGAUGGACCAGGUCAAAAACAAAGAGGAGGUAGAAAGGGCGAAGAGGAACAAGGUGGUUCACAUCGCAAUGGAGAUCAUGAGCUCAGAGAAAGUAUUUGUGGAUGUUCUGAAGUUGCUGCACAUUGAUUUUCGUGAUGCAGUGGCCAAGGCGACCCGUGCCAGUGGAAAGCCGGUGCUGGAGGAACGAGUGCUGAAUCAGAUACUGUACUAUCUUCCGCAGCUCUAUGAGCUCAACAAAGACCUGCUGAGAGAACUGGAGGAGAGAGUGGCACACUGGUCAGAUCACCAGAGGCUAGCUGACAUCUUCGUGCAGAAGGGUCCGUAUCUGAAGAUGUACUCCACAUAUAUCCGAGAGUUUGACCGCAAUGUGGCUCUCCUGGAUGAACAGUGCCGCAAAAACCCAGCAUUUGCCACAGUGGUGCGGCAGUUUGAGACGAGUCCUCGCUGUGCCAGUCUGGCUCUGAAGCAUUACUUACUGAAACCAGUGCAGCGCAUUCCACAGUAUCAGCUCCUCCUGACAGAUUAUUUGAAAAACCUCCCUGAGGACUCCUCAGACUACAAAGAUACACAAACUGCCCUUGGUGUGGUGAAGGAAGUAGCGAACCAUGCCAAUGACAUCAUGAAACAAGGGGAUAAUUUUCAGAAGCUGAUGCAGGUUCAGUACAGUUUGAACGGUCAUCAUGAAAUCGUUCAGCCGGGAAGGGUAUUCCUUAAAGAGGGCACCCUGAUGAAACUGUCCAGAAAGGUCAUGCAGCCCAGAAUGUUCUUCCUGUUUAAUGACAUUCUGUUGUACACCACUCCAGUGCAGUCUGGCCAGUAUAAAGUCAACAGCAUGCUCUCUCUGGCUGGCAUGAAGGUCAGCAAGCCAAGCCUGGAGGCUUAUCAAAAUGAACUGAACAUUGAGAGUGUAGAACGCUCUUUCAUCCUGUCAGCCAGCUCAGCCACGGAGAGAGAUGAAUGGCUGGAAGCCAUCGCCACAGCUAUAGAAGAUUACACCAGGAAAAAGAUCUCUUUCAUCUCCAGCCGAAGCCAAGAGUCUGAGGGUUUGUCUGUUGAUGGUCCUCCACUGGGAUCUAAAGCUCCAAUCUGGAUCCCAGACCUUCGAACCACCAUGUGUAUGAUCUGCACCUGCGAGUUCACACUCACCUGGAGGAGGCAUCACUGCCGUGCCUGUGGCAAGGUUGUGUGCCAGGCAUGUUCAUCAAAUAAAUACUACCUGGAGUACCUUAAGAAUCAACUGGCAAGAGUGUGUGACCAGUGCUAUGCCAAACUCCAGCAGAAAGAUAAAGGGGACCAGUCUGAAGUGUGUGUUUCACCCAGUGGGCGAAGCUCGGGCUCAGCCUUCUCCUUCUCUAGGAAACAAAAGAAGAUUCCCUCAGCACUGAAAGAGGUUUCUGCAAACACUGAGAACUCCUCCAUGAGUGGCUACCUGCACAGAUCUAAAGGAAAUAAAAAGCCAUGGAAGAGACUGUGGUUUGUCAUCAAGAAUAAAGUUCUCUACACGUAUGCUGCUAGUGAGGAUGUUGCAGCGUUGGAGAGCCAGCCGUUACUGGGCUUUUUCUUACGAGAGGAAAAGUCUGGACCCGCACAGAAGCUGCAGUUCAAACUCUAUCACAAAAACACUCUCUACUAUAUCUUCAGAGCAGAUGAUAUCCCUACAGCCCAGAGAUGGAUUGAAGCGUUUCAGGAGGCCAUGAUUCUUUGACCAAUCUGGAACAAAUAUGAAAUAGCAUUAGUCUGACUAGAAACUGUCUUCUGGCCUGCAAACAGUGAAUGAGCAAAUGGUGCUGAGCAAACAAACUGAGAAGACACCAAAUAAAGAGAAGAUGCUGGUGGAUGCAUUUUAAAUUGA